AUGAGGAAUUUGAAACCACAAACCCUACACGAGAUUCCCGCUAUUUCCACACGCCGUCAUUUUCAUCAUUGUCGUUCGAACAUCAGGAUUCAUCUUACGGAUUGUCGUUGUCGUCGUCAUCAUCACUCUCUUACAUUGAGGAUUACCCGCCAUUUAGUCCGACACGUCACCAAGUUCAAAGGCACCCCAUUUUUUUGGAAAAAAAUCCCGAAGCACCAAUUGGGGUCCAACAAGAAGGAAUAUUCCGAGCACCUCCCCCUUCGCCAGCCGCCGCCAAGAAGUCGAUCCAUCCAAAAGAGAUCUCCCCCAAGAAAAGAAAUAGAUUCGAAAAUCAGCCCAUUUUUUGCAGCAUUGGUUGAAUGUUCUAAUGGUGGUAAUGACAAUGAUGCCCAUCAUGGGACCAAUUAUGGUUGGUAG